GAUAAUCAGUGGAACCUCCUUAUUACAUUAUAUAUACCUGGGUUAAAUAAAACCUGCUUUCCAUUUGAAAAUACAUGGAAAUUUACAUGGGGGAGCCUGGAUGUUUUCUCAUUUUUUUUUCAUGAUGCUUUUAGGGAAAACAGUUAUGGAGAACAUUAAAUAUAAAAUCUUCUGCUUUUAAAGCCCUUCACAAACUGGCCCUUCUACCUUUUUUUUUUUUGUCAGUGAAUGAAAUAGAUUGUCCCUGCCCUCAAGGAACUUAGUCUAAUGGAGGAGAUGACAUGUAAACAGACUGUAUUAACAAAUUCGUUGUAGUAUAAAUUGGAAAUAACUCAGGAGGUGCAUCAGAAUUAAGGAGAUUGGGGAAAAGUUCUAGAAGAAGGGAUAUUAUGUAGAACUUGAAGGAAUCCAGGAAGUGGAAAUGAAGGAGAACAUUCCAGUUAUUGGAGAUAGCCAGUAGAAAUGUAUAAUAAAAGGUAGAGGUUUUGUGUAAUGAAAAGCAGGGAACAUUGUCACUGGAUUACAGAUUUUGUGUGUGUGUGAGAGUGUAAGGUAUAAGAAGACUAGAAAGGUAGGGAACUAGGCAGGUUAUGAAGAUUUUGAAUGACAAAGGACUUUAUUUUUGAUCUUGGAAGUGAUAGGAAUCACCAGAGUUUAUUGAGUCUGGGGUUGGGUGGGCUUGUAUGUCAGAUCUGUAUUUUUAGAAGAUCUCUGUCAACUGAAUGGACUUUUGGCAGGGAGAUUAAGCAAUAGGCCAUUGUAAAAGCCCAGAUGAUGAUCUGUAGGAGGGUGGUAGCAGGGUCAGAUGAGAGAAGAGUGCAUAAGAGAGAGGUCAUAAAGGUGCAGUUAGCACACCUUGGCAACAGAUUGGCUAAAGGUGACAAAAGAGAGUAGUAGGGUGUCAAGGAUGACACCUAGGUUUGGAGCCUGCAACUUGGAGGAUGGUGGUAUGCUUGCAGAUAAUAAGGAAUUUUGGAAGAGAGGAAGGGGGAAAAAUGAGUUCUGUUUUGGACAGGUUGAGUUUAAAAUGUUUAUAAGCCAUUCGAUUUGAGAUGUUUAGUAGGCAAUUGGAGAUGAGAGAAUGGAAAUCAGCAGAAAGGUUAAGCCAGAAUAGUCAGAUUUGAGAAUUUUCAGCAGAGAGAAGAUAUAUAAUUUCAUGAGAGCUGAUGAGAUCACCAAGUAAACAGAGAGAAGAUGACCCAGGACCCUGUGGAACUAUGGGAUUCUUACUAGACUUGACUUGGAUGAAGAUCCAGCAAAGGGAUGACUAGUUAAAUAGGUUGGAAGAAAACUAGGAGAGAGAGCAGAGUCAUAAAAAUCUAGAGGGAAGAGAGUAUGGGUGAAAAGAGUGAUCAACAGUGUUAAAGGCUGCUGAGAGGUCAAGAAAGAAGAUUGAGAAAGACUAUUAGAUUUUACAAUUAAGAGAUCAUUAUAGCUUUGAAAUAAGCUGUAUGGUGGAGAAUAUAAAGAAGAAAUUGAGAGAAAAGGAAGUGGGAAAAUGCUUAUAAAUAGUUUAGCAAGGAAGGAAGGAGAGAUAUGGGAUAAAAGUGGGGAUGAAUGGAUCAAAUAAGGCUUUUUUUUUUUUAAACCAUUACCUUCUUCAGAAGAGUGGUAAGGGAUAGGUAUUGGGGGUCAAGUGACUUGCCCAUGGUCACCCAGCUGGGAAGUGUCUGAGGCCAGAUUUGAACCUAGAACCUCCUGUCUCUGGUCCUGGCUCUCAAUCCACUGAGCCACCCAUCCACUCCCAAAUAAAGCUUUUUUGAGGGUAAGGACAAAUAUGGUCAUCUUUCUAAGCAGUAGAAAAUUAGUUGGUAAAUAGGAAGAAACUGAAGAUAAGUUAGAGUGGAGAUGAUAGAAGGAGCAGAAGAUGGAAUACAAAUACUAAUGGAUGUAAAGGGAGUUGCCUUAGUAAGGAGAAGGGAAACAAAAGAAUUAGUGGAAGAAGGUAUCUAAAUACUUUGAGCAAAGGAAGAGGGGGAAAAGAGGAGCUUUUGGGGAUUAACCUAAAUUUUUCAGUAAAAUAUGAGGAUCACAGCUAAGAAAUAUAGGGAUUGGGAGUCAUUGAAAAGAAAAAGGAAAGGGAAUCAAACCUCAAAGAAGUUUGAGGAUGAAUUAAGAUGUUUAGAAAAGAUGCUGUGGCGAAGGAGAUAGAAUGUUAAAUAGGGAAGUGUAAAGGAUUGCCUUGCAGUAACAAGGACCUCUUGAGAUUAUUUAACAUAAAUAUAUUAGUAAAUCUAGUUAGCUCAAUUUCAUAAUUCUUUAUGAAUAUUUUCUUCAUAAUUUCUUUAGUUUUGUUGGGCAGCAUAUGAAUAGAAAUGAUGACUGGGCUGGUGCUUAGCAGGGUUAGAGUGACAAUAGGAAAAAUGGGCAAGGGAUUCAAGAGAAGAGGAUUGUUUAGAGUUAAACAAGUGUUCUUAAGUUGUCAAGGUUGAGAAGGGAGGAAAGUGUAGCUAGUUCAGGGGUAAUUAGUUCUCUAAACUAGGGCAGCUAGGUGGAGCAGUAGAUAGUUAGGAAGACUUGGAGUCAGGAAGAUCUGAGACCUCAGAUACAUACUAGCUAUGUAACCUUGGAUGAGACACAGCCCUGUUUAUCUCAGUUUUUCAUUUGCAGAAUGAACUAGAGAAGGAAAUGGCAAAAACUAUUCUAGUAUCUUUGUCCAGAAAAUCCCAAAUGGGGUCAGGAAGAGUUGGACACAACUGAAUAACACCAAAAGUUCUCCAAGUCAUUGAUUGGGAGAGAAUUAAAGGAUCUAGUGAUUAGAGGUCACAAUGAAGUAAAAAAAAAACAUGGCUUGGGGGUAUUUAGGUGGCUUAAUGUUUUGAGAACCAGGCCUAGAGAUGGAAGUUCUUGGGUUCAGAUUUAGCCUCAGACAUUUCCUAGUCCUGUGACCCUUAACCUGUGAUCAAUUAACCCCAUUUUCCUAAACUUUGCUACUCUUCUGAUACUUUGUAUCCAUUCAAAGACAGAAGGUAGUUGUUAAAAACAAAAAAUGCAUGUUGGAGUUGUAAGGCAGAGAAAAAAAGGAAUCAUAAUAGAUUAUUAUUAGGUAAAGGAAUUUCAGAGCUCUUGAACAUGGAAAUAGUAUAUUUGUCAGGGGCGACAAGAUUGAGUGUGUGACCCUCUCUUAUACAGCUGAGAAAGUAUGGAGAAUUAUGAGGUUAUGAGAAAUGAACAAAUUUGAGAAUCCUUGGGAUGCUUGAGGGAGUAUCAGUAUGAGAGCUGAAGUUUCCUAGUAAGUUUGGGGAGGAGAGAGACUCAAUCAGGCCCUGAACUCAUUGAGCAAAAGAGUAGAUAUCCAGGAGAUAAGUAGAGAAAAGAGAACAGAAUUUUGAUUGGGUGGUUGAUACGAAUCUAGUAAACCUAAGAGAGUGAUGAAGUUGAAGGGAAAGCUUUGAAAAGUUGCACUGGGGGAAUAUUUCAACAUUGCCCCUACCUUGACUCCUGAGUCUAGGGAAAUAAGUGUAGCUGCAACCAGGGCUGGAGAAACCAAGCUGCCAUUUCAUCAGAAAAGAGCCAAGACUCAGUAAGAUCUAAAAGAUGAAAGAAUUGAGAAAGGGAAAGAUUUUGUUACCCUUGAGUCAGUGUUUCAGAGAGCAUAGUGCAAAAUAGUUUUAGAGUUUGACAUUAGAAGUAGGAGGAGAUUUGAGAGAGAUGUAGAUAAGGGAGAUAGCAGUAGAGGGUGGAGAAUAGGUUUGUAUAGAUAAACAGGGGUUCAGGAUCCCUGGAAUGGGGAGGGUAUGAGUAAGCAGGAGUUUGUGAAUCAUUGCUGAAUGAGUUCAUGAGGGUUAUUAAUAUCACCAGGGGAUCUGUUUUCAGAGUGGUGUCCUUUCAGCAUUUCUGGUCUAUCCCUGCAGUGAUGAUAUGGGAUGAUCUAAAAAAGAAGACGGUUAUUGAAAUAGAAUUUUCUACAGAAGUCAAAGCAGUCAAAUUGCGACGAGACAGAAUUGUGGUGGUUUUGGACUCCAUGAUUAAAGUUUUUACUUUUACACACAAUCCCCAUCAGUUGCAUGUCUUUGAAACCUGCUACAACCCUAAGGGUCUAUGUGUUUUGUGUCCAAAUAGCAACAAUUCUCUCCUGGCAUUCCCUGGAACACAUACAGGCCACGUGCAGAUAGUAGAUCUGGCCAACACAGAAAAACCUCCAGUUGAUAUCCCAGCACAUGAAGGAGUUCUAAGCUGUAUAGCUUUAAACCUCCAGGGAACAAGAAUUGCAACAGCAUCUGAAAAAGGGACCCUUAUAAGAAUAUUUGAUACUUCAUCAGGGCACUUAAUCCAGGAACUGAGAAGAGGAUCUCAAGCAGCAAAUAUUUAUUGUAUUAAUUUCAAUCAAGAUGCUUCACUCAUCUGUGUAUCAAGUGAUCAUGGAACCGUACACAUUUUUGCAGCUGAAGAUCCCAAAAGGAAUAAGCAGUCUAGUUUGGCAUCAGCCAGUUUUCUUCCAAAAUACUUCAGUUCCAAAUGGAGUUUUUCCAAAUUUCAGGUUCCCUCAGGCUCUCCAUGCAUUUGUGCCUUCGGAACAGAGCCAAAUGCUGUCAUAGCAAUCUGUGCGGAUGGCAGCUAUUACAAGUUCUUAUUCAACCAAAAAGGAGAAUGUUCCCGUGAUGUCUAUGCUCAGUUUCUAGAAAUGACUGAUGACAAACUUUGACCUUGCAAGAGAAGCUUUUGGACUGAAGUACUGCUGAGUUAUUCUGCAACACUUGGAGGACUCAAUACUAACCUGUAAUAUUCCCCAGUUCUGGUGGGAUAUAGGCCUCACCAAGGAAUAGUUUCCAGGGGACUAACCAGGAAGAGACUUGGUUGGGAAGUAAUAUACCAUUUUUGGAUUUCCUUUUGUGAGGCCUCACAUUUCUAGCAUGAAUGGAAAAGGGAAAAAAAAUCACAGUGUACCAGAGCGAGUACCCAGGUAGUUUUUCAACAGCUUGAGCUUUCUCUUGGUUUAUUUUCUUUAUUCUAAUGAUGAAGUUAGCUUUACAGGUUCAUUUAUACCCUGUAUACUAAAACAACCAGGAGUUUUGUAUUGGAGGGGGGAGGGGGAUUGGACCAUUUUUAGAAAUUGGCAUUUGUUUAGGCAAUAGCUUACAUCGUUUUCAUUGAGCCUUUUGAUGGGGAAAUGAACUAUAUAUGUAAAUAUUAGUUCUUGUAGUGUAACAAGAUUUAAAAUAGAAUAGUAAAACCAGCAGCUUGCCUUAGUACAGAAGAAAUUAAUUCCUUCUUCAGAUCUAAACACAGAGGAAAAAUACAGCUAGUAUGCUUUAGCAAAUGCAGUCUGAAUACUUCCUCUACUUAAGGUCACCAUUAUAGGUCUUUAGGUUUGUUUUGUUCAUGGAUACACUCACAUGCUGACUUUGUAUGUUGGUGUGUGGAGCAAUGAACAUUACUACAGAAGCUAGAACAGACUCCAUCUUAGCUAAGGCUUAUUGCUGAUAUGAGUAAUUUCACUUCAGAAAUAUGGUUCUGAGGAAAGUGAAUCCAUCAUCUUUUCAGGGAAGAUCAAAGUGGAACAAAGUAACAAAACCAGGUUUUUUUUUUAAGUUCUUAUCCAUGACUAAUAAUUUCUUUCAGUUUAGACAGUAAUAUUUGGCAUUUAUUCCAGUGAUGCCAUACUGCUGCAUUCCAAAGAGAGUGAGCAAGAGUGUAUGGAAUUCAUUUAUAUUUCCGUUGGUGCCUACUUUGGGCACUUCACUGUUACCUUUCCUGUAACAUCAUUUCUCCCCACUGUUAUAAAGAUUGCUACACACUAAUUCUCUUGGAAAUGAAAGGCACAUAGCAUUUUGGAACUAAAAUAGAAUAUUAUUAUGGGAUCUGUGUUGGUAACACUGCUUAUGUGAGGUUUUGCUUAAUUGUAUAUUACCUUGAGACUUAAUUUCAUGUGUUUUUGGUUUCACAUCUCAUUUGUCUUUUGUAGCUGCAAGGUCUUUGCAUUUUGCCAGAUCCUUGACUGUCAUGUAAUAUUGACUAAAUUUUAUGUAAAGUAUGCAUGUUCCCUUUUGUGUGAAUUUAAUCAUGGAAAUUCAUUUUGCACAUUUAUUUGUAACAUUUCUUUUAAAUAAAAAUGAUUAAUUUUGUUGUA